AUGGCAGACGCACACACAGAGUUCAUUGGGUGCGGGUGCAACCGCACACCGCAUGCGCUAGACUGGCACGGCAGCCUCGUGGCCUUUGGCAGCUACCACUACGUUGCGCUCUACGAUCCGUCCAGCCUGCUCGGCGUGCACACAACACUGCACGGACACAGUGGGCGAGUGAACUGCGUCAAAUUCGCGCGCACACUAGCUGGGCAGUCCACGGGGGUGAUAAUUUCUGGGUCGGCCGACAGCACGGCGCGCGUCUGGGAGCAGCGGGACGGUGAGUGGAUCGGGACGGAGCUCGCAGGACACACCAACCCAGUGAUCAGUACGACGGGCAUUUGCGCGGGGGAUUUCAUGGUGGUAGCUACGGCGGCGACAGACGGCACAGUGCGUGUGUACGAGUAUAAGGAUUUCUCGGCAGACUUGGUCGAGAUCAUUGAGAUAGGCUCGCGGAAUGCGCUGGAUGUUACACUGGCAGCACUGGAGACCGGGGAAUCGCACGCGCUGGUGCUAGCCACGGGCAACACAGACAGCUGCGUGCACAUAUACACGCGGCUGGCAGCGCGCGGAUCGGGGUUCAAAAAGUCGCUGACUCUGUCGGGCCAUGAGGACUGGGUGACGUCGCUGUCGUUCCUGUCCUACAGGCCCCGCAGCGCCGCAAGCAAUUCGACGAUUGCGCACUGGCAGAGCGGCGACGUGAUUCUCGCCAGCGGCUCAGAAGACAAGUACAUUCGGCUCUGGCGGAUCACGGCGGCUCAGGCGAUGGAGUCGGACAAAUCGACGUCGGACAAGCAGGCAGCGCAGGCAAUGCUGGACGCAUUCUCCAGGUCGCUGGGCUCGGGGCUGAGCGACGGCGACAUCACGGCGAAUGUGCUGGCGUCGACACAGCUGAGCACGCGCAAGCACGCAAUCACCGUGGAGUCGGGAUCCCAGGCCUUUGCGUUCUCAGUGUCGCUGGACUCGGUGCUGAUGGGGCAUGAUGGGUGGGUCAACAGCGUUGCGUGGAACGGCGGCGGACAGACCGGCCCGCUGCUUGUGUCGGCUUCGCUCGAUAGCUCGGUGCUGGUAUGGCAUCCGGAUCCCGACGCUGGCGUGUGGGGGUCGGUAGCGCGGCUCGGCGAGGUAGGCGGCUCUGCGCAGGGGUUCCUAGGUGCCGCCAUGAAGGAUGAUGGCAGCGCGCUGCUGGCGCACGGAUACCACGGGUCGUUCCAUAUGUGGCAGCAGCCGGACCGCGUGGCCAGCGAGGCUCUCUGGCAGCCCACGCCGUCGCUGUCGGGCCACUACGGCUCAGUGCAGGAUGUCCUGUGGGAUCCCACCGGCAGCUACUUGCUAACAGUAUCGCUGGACCAGACAUCACGCCUGGUUGCGCCGUGGAUCAGUGACCGGGCAGAACACCGCGGGUGGCACGAGAUCGCGCGGCCACAGGUGCACGGCUACGACAUGCGGUGUGCUGCAUUUACCAGCCCGUUCCAGUACGUGUCGGGUGCCGACGAAAAGGUGGUGCGGGUGUUCCAGGCGACACAGCAGUUUGUCACAGGGUGGCGGUCGGUCAGCCACCCGAGCAUCGAGGCCAGCGAGCAGGAGCGCAGCCUGCCGGUGGGCGCGUCCCUGCCGCUGCUGGGGCUGUCGAAUAAGGCUGUGGAGGAAGACCAGGUCAAGGCAGCACAGCAGGUGGCGCAGGGCGAGGCCGAGGAGCGGGGCGAGUUCGAGACCCGCCAGACGCAUGUCACAGCGCAGGCCGCCGCCAGCCUGCAGCAGUACACAGGGGUGCCAACCGAGGAGCAGCUCCUGCAGCACACGCUGUGGCCCGAGCAGGACAAGUUGUACGGUCACCCGUACGAGAUCUUCGCUGUCGCUGCCGCUCGCUCCGGCAAGUGGAUUGCGACGUCCUGCAAGGCCGCAGCUGAAAAGCACGCAGGAAUCAGGUUAUUUUCGACAGGUACGUGGAGGCAGCCGGGCGCGGGACUUCCACUGCACGCCCAUGCGCUGACGAUUACCAGGCUGCGGUUCAGCCCCAUUGCUGACAAAUUCCUGCUCAGCGUCAGCAGGGAUCGCUCGUGGGCAGUGUACGAGAGUACUGGCAAAGACGACGAGCCGUACCGCCUGCUGUGCCGCCACCCAAAGGCCCACGCACGUAUCAUCUGGGACUGCGCGUGGGCACCAGACGCUCGCUUCUUCGUCACUGCCUCCCGCGACAAGACCGUCAAGGUGUGGGCCGUGCCAAAGGACAAGGCCGACGGCAAGCCAGUGACUAUUGUUUUCCCUGACGCUGUCACCGCCAUUGACGUGCUGCCGGCCAGGAUCGGUGGGCAGUAUGCGAUGGCUGUGGGCCUGGAGGGCGGUCGCGUGUUCGUGCUCACAUCCGAGGCCACGGAGGAUGCGGUGCCGGCAGCAUGGACCCCCAAGGAGGUGCCGCGCAACCAGGCGCACACAGCGACAGUCCAGCGGCUGUCGUGGCGGCCGAAUCCCACUGAGGCAGACGGACGGGCGUGGCUGCUGGCAAGUGGGUCCGACGACCAGUCGGUGCGGAUUCUGACUAUCACACUCUAA